GACAGAAAAUCAUCCCAUCAUAUGCAUGUUAUAGGUGUUUAAUAGUACUAUGAGUUGUGUGCGGUGGAUUAAAGGGGUGGAUUUGAUCUCCUUCCCUUUCCCAACCCGGUGCAUUUUAGAAAUGCACUAUAAUAUGCAUUCAGUUGCUGUGACGGUAUGCGAUGAUAAUGUUUAUUGUGAUUUAGUUGGUCAGCGCGUGCUCUGAUGUAAUGUUUUCUAAAAUGACCUUGGAUAUGCAGCAAAAAACGAGGAUUAACGGUCAGAGUAUUUGACAGAAUCGCUCUUUAUCUCGGCACGAUCGGCCAUUUAAAUUAAAAAUUUGAUCAAAGAUUGAGUUCUUAAACCAGUUAGACUCGCGGAAACUGUCGCAUUCUCGGCCUGUUUUUCAUGGGGGAGUAUGUUUGACUCAAACCAGCGUUGAAACCCUCAAAAGCUCAAAACAUGCAGGAUGAUUUAUUGAUGGACAAAAGCAAAGCUCAGCCACACCAGCAGCAAGACCCGUCAAAUAUAGAGCCUCCAACCACCCCGACCCCCUCCGACCCGCCGAUCCCGGACGAGCCGAGCCACGGUCACUCCAAGCGAAUCGCCAUGGAGUCUCCGGUCCUGCGUGGUUUGGGUUUCCAUCAGGAUUCCGUCGGAUCCUCUCUAUCACCGUCGUUCAGUAACACUUGGUCCACGAACACCGUGGACGAGAGCUUUUUCCAAGGGAUUCCCUCGGUAAACGGGACGAUGAUGUUUCCAAACUUUCCCCAUCACGUCAACCCGGUGUUCGGAGGGAAUAUUUCCCCGCAGAUGCGCAGAUCUCCGGUCGGUGUGAACCAGAGGAACCCCUACAGUCACCAGACCCUCAUCAAUAAAGUGUCCGCAUCUUCCGCCUCUUCGUCCGCCUGGAAUAACCACCAGAACGCCGUGUGGAGCUCCGCGGCGAACCCCUGGAGCGGCAGAGACCCGCGGAGAGCGCUCGGGCUGGGGGUCCCGUCUGCGCUCAAUCCCAUCUCCCCGACGAAGAAGCCCUUCCCCAGCAAUAUCAUUGCGCCCCCGAAAUAUCCGAGACCCGUAGCCCUGCAAAAACCCUGGAUGAUAUCAGAGCCUCCAGAACCCUUCAGAACCGACAACGGCAACAGCAUAUUGCCAUUUCAGGAACGGAAUCGACCCUUUGACCCCUUUAACUUGCAAACCUUGGAGAAUUCCUUAAUGGACAUGAUCAGGACCGACCAUGACAAAGGUAAACAACAUCCUGCCGUUGGCCCACCAAUGACUAUCGCUGAUAUUUUAUGGAGGAAUCAUUUUGCAGGUCGCAUGGGUCUGAACUUUCACCAUCCAGUAGCUGAGCAUAUAUUGCCACUAAAUACCAGGAGCUAUGGUCGCAGAAGAGGUCGCUCUUCACUGUUUCCUUUUGAGGACGGCUUCCUGGAUGAUGGUCAUGGUGACCAGACCCUCACUCCUGGCCUGAGCUUCCCCACCCGCUGUCAGAAUGGAGAGAGGAUGGAACGCUACUCCAGGAAGGUGUUUGUUGGUGGACUGCCACCUGAUAUCGAUGAAGAUGAGAUCACAAAUAGUUUCCGUCGCUACGGACACCUGGUGGUGGACUGGCCUCAUAAAGCAGAGAGCAAAUCCUAUUUUCCCCCUAAAGGUUAUGCUUUCCUGUUGUUCCAAGAGGAGAGUUCAGUUCAGGCCCUCAUUGAUGCCUGUAUCGAAGAGGAUAGGAAACUGUACCUGUGUGUCUCCAGCCCCACUAUUAAAGAUAAACCAGUCCAGAUUCGCCCGUGGAACCUGAGUGACAGUGAUUUUGUGAUGGACGGUUCUCAGCCUCUUGACCCACGCAAGACCAUCUUUGUAGGAGGUGUUCCACGACCUCUACGUGCAGUGGAACUGGCUAUGAUUAUGGACAGACUCUACGGAGGUGUGUGUUACGCUGGCAUUGACACUGACCCCGAACUCAAAUACCCCAAAGGGGCGGGCCGAGUGGCCUUCUCCAAUCAGCAGAGCUACAUCGCUGCAAUCAGCGCCAGAUUUGUCCAGCUUCAGCAUAAUGACAUUGACAAACGGGUGGAGGUGAAACCGUACGUCCUGGAUGAUCAGAUGUGUGAUGAAUGUCAGGGUGCUCGCUGCGGAGGGAAGUUUGCUCCAUUUUUCUGUGCCAACGUCACCUGUCUGCAGUAUUACUGUGAGUACUGCUGGGCGAGUAUCCACUCGCGCGCCGGGCGCGAGUUCCACAAACCGCUGGUGAAGGAAGGCGGAGACCGACCUCGACACGUGUCCUUCCGCUGGAGCUGAUGUUGGUCCUGCUACACCCUCAAACUAUCCUCUCCACCCAGAAAACACCUUCAACACCAUUAGCAGUAACUCAACAACUACAUACACAUGGAUUUUCCUUCUCAUUUUGUCUUUUUAGAAACAAAUAUCAUAAUAUAUUUGUCGAGUAUAUUCUCUGCUUACGAACAUUUAGAAAAAUACUAAUUUUGAGUCUGUGUGCUCAAAAGUUGCACUUUGGCACAAACAUAUGUGAUCCACAGUCGAUGUUAACACUUAUAAGGAUGUUGUGCUUUUAAUAUCUCAUUCUCCUUCGUUUGGUUGGUUAGUGCUCCGUAUAGGUAACAUUACACAGUGUGAGACUGUAUAUGAAUAUACAUUUACAGAAAUUAUAUAUUUUUUAAUUUAUAUUUAUCUAUAUACACAUAGAUGAAACAUUUUGGGGUCAGACUUUUUUAAGAAGCAUGCACUUAUUAUGACAAAAAAAAACUGUAGGAUAUUCCCCUUAGAAGACACGGACAAAAAAAAAAAAAUUACCAAAGGUCAAAUUAAUUCAUUUACAAAGUCAAGUGGGGUGUUCAAGUGUUCAAAAAAAAACAAAAACAACAAAAUAAGAGUAAUACACAAUUAUUUGCUGUCCAUUUUGAUAUAUGAAUAGUGAUACCUCAUGCAUGCAUCUUUCUUUUUGCUUCAAUUUAUGGACUUUUAUUUUUAUUACAGUUUUUUUAGUGUUAUGUACAUGUAAUGCUGCAAAAGCUUUUGCUGCUAAAUACAUGGUAUGAAUCCAUACGUCACACUUUAUUCAGGCUGGGGUGUAAAGACAAUCGGAUCACUCACGAGAAUGAGCACUCGACGGGACAAGAGGCAGGUCUGUGUUUGCCCUUAAACUGCAUGUUUAAAGCUGCAUUGCAUGCAGUUGAAUGUCUGAAACUCAAAUUGGGCCACACUUGGAUUUCCCCAACAAUACAGACGAAUUACAUGGAGCACAAACUGAGCACAGCAUGAACACUGAAAACAAAAAAAAACAAGUUUAUUGGCUCACUGAUUAUGUUGUGAGCCAGACCAGAUGACAAAACUGCAAUCAUGUUUUUCAAAUCAAAAUUAGAUGUAGGAUGUUCUUCUUACGAUCUGUCUUGAAGUAUUUUUUCGCAGUGAUCGUUCAUAGAAUUGUGCAAUUUUUUUAUACAGUAUAUAGUUAGGUUAUUAUGACGCCUAGAACUGUGACUCGCUUUAACUGUUAAUGAUGUCUGACAUGGAAGUCCUGUGAAACUUCACAACUAGUGUGUGUGUAUGUGUGUGUGUGUGUGUGUGUAUAUAUAUAUAUAUAAUAUGUACAUGCAUACAGUCCAUUCUCUUAAUAAUGCACACACACACACACACACACACACACACACACACAAACAUACACAUUUAUAUAUAUAUAUAUAUAUAUUCUGAAUUUGAAAUAGUUUUGUGUUCCCUCACAAUUAUUUUGGGUUUUCGUGCAAUACAUUUAUCCAUCCCUUACAGAAACAGAAAUUUACCAUCAGUUUACUACAGUACCUAUAGUUCGACAAUGGUAUUUGUAGUAAAAUUAUAGGAACCACAAAAUUUACCAUGGUUUUACAACAGUAACUAUAGUUAAACUAUGGUAUGCGUGGUAAAAUGUAUAACUAUAGUUACUGUUGUAAAACCAUGGUAAAUUUUGUGGUUACUAUGGUUUUACUACAAAUAUCAUAGUUGAACUAUAGUUACUGUAUUAAAAUCAUGGUAAACUCUGUGGUUCCUAUAAUUUUACUACAAAUACCAUAUAGUUGAACUAUAGUAACCACAACAUUUACCAUGAUUUUACUACAGUAACAUUCAACUAUGGUAUUGGUAGUAAAAUAAUAUGAACCACAAAAUUUACCAUCAUUUUACUACAGCAGCUAUGGUUCAACUAUAGUAUUUGUAGUAAAACUAUAGGCACCAUUAAAGUUACCAUGGUUUUACUAAAUUUACCGUAUUUUAACCAUGAUAUUUGUUGUAAAACCAUAGUAAUAAUAUAGGAAAAAAUCUAAACUAUGGUAAUAAAAAUCAUAUUCAUUCUGCAAAAAAUAAAUAAAAAUAAAACAUGGUUAGUUUUACUGUAGUAACACCAUGGUUAAUUUGUGGUACAUUCUUACCACAAAAAAUAAUAAACAAAUAAAUUAGUUACAUGGUUACUGCAGGUUUACUAUAGUGAAACUAUGGUUAAUGUUUAUAAGGGCAUGUUGUUGGUGGAAAAACCAUACUUGUACCACAAAUUAACCAUGGUGUUAGUUACUGUAAAACUGUAGUAUACAUGUUUUUUUGGCAGAAUGAUUAGUUUUGAUUACCAUAGUUUUGGUUGUCCUUUUAUUAUAUUGGUUUUAUUACGAGUAUCAUGGUUUAAAUAUGGCUGCUGUAGUAAAACCAUGGUACAUUUUGUGUUUUACUAUAAAUACCAUAGUUCUACUUUGUAUACUGUAGUAAAGCCAUGCUUAAUUCUGGUAAGGGAUGGAUAAAGGGAUUGCAAUUUAACCCAAAAUAAUUGCGAAGGAAUGGAAAAUUAUUUCAUCUAUUUCAGGAAAUAAAACAUAGAAAUAUAUAUAUAUAUAUAAUAUACAUGUUUGGCCCACAACACAAACGCAGUCAGAACCAAAGAGCUCUUCUUAUCCGACUCUUAAUGACCAACAAAACACUACAUUAAAUGCCUACAAUUUACAUUUUACAAUACAGUUUACCUACAAUACAAAACUAGUGAGGCAAACUGACACUUAAAUCAAUAACCUUCGUGUGGUUUGUGUUAUGACCUCAAAGGCUUGCACACAACUUUGAAAUAUGGUGGCCAUAAGGCUACUGGAAUAACCUUGUGUGACCACUGUAUUUAUAUCCAGAUUAUCCUGCAAAGCUUGAAAAAGAAUAAUGACCUGCUAAUGUUGAUGGUGGACAUUUAAAAAACAAAAAGUAAAAAAAUUUGCAACGGUAGACUAGGGGGUUGUAAGGAGGGAGAGGAACGCAACGCGAAGAAACGCGUCGUGGCUGCUUAUUUGGAGUGUGGAUGAGUAUUAUGGGAUGGCACGUGGGGGCUUUAGCUGCACUGGGUUUUUUAACUGCAAAUCCUCAUUUCAUUUGUGUGGCGAGCGUCCCGUUGCUGUGAAUCCCAAGAGUCAAAAACUGUCCGUUUUUGGGUUAAGUACGUUGUUCCAACGUUAACAAACUACUUUUGUACUGAUUGAGAAAACGAAGAGGAUUGACGGUAAUCGCGAAUCCUGAUGACAGUGAAUUCUGGGUGUCUGUGUGAUAUAUUUUCCCUGCCCAGAUUUUUCUGUUUGUUCCGUCUCAAUCCGUGUAUCAUUCGUUCUUUUCAUAUUCAAUUAAGAAUUCAAAAUCAGAAAAUGACAUAUUUCACUAAUCAUUUACAAAACUAAUAUUAAAAAACAAAUAACGGCUUGUUUUUCAUACUUUCGAUUUUAUGGACACGGGACACUGUUCGUUUUGAUGAUUUGAUUCCACCUAAAAAGAAACUAAAAGAGGUGAAAAAUGAAUUCGCACAUGUGGGUGGCUCUGAAAUGCCCCCUUUUUUUUUUUUGGAUUGGUCAACCUGCAACGUCGUCUGUUCUUCCUCAAAGCCGUAAGACAAAAUAAGAGUUCACUGCUGUUAUAUGUUUUGUAAUAUUGUUUUUGUAAAUGAUUAAUGAAAUAAUUAGUCAUUUUUCGAUUUUGGAUUCUUGAAUCCAAAUAUGAAAAGAACAAAUGAUACAUGGAUUUUUAUCUGGAUGGUUGAACAGUUAACGUUUUGUUUCUCUUUUUUAACAGAAAAAUAUGUGUGCUUUCUGACUGAUGUAAUCUUUUGCAAUACCUCAAUUUUCAAAUAUAAUAGGAGAGAGAUUGAUAUUUUCUAAGUAAAUUUAUUCAAAUAUAUAUAUAUAUAUAUAUAUAUAUAUAUAUAUAUAUAUAUAUAUAUAUAUAUGUUCUGCUAGAAGAAAUGAUUUAACAGAUGGUUAAUUUUAUUUUUGUCAUGCUUAUUUUCUUUUAUUUUUCAUUUUAUUUUUUGAAAAAAAAAAAAAAACAUUAAAAACAAAAACAUCUGAAGGAGUUAGAGCUGUAUUAUUUUAAUAUAAUACUGUAAGAAACUGAAGUACGGAUGCUGUCCCCUCUGAAGUCCUGCAGAAUCACAGUGUUUCUCAUGUAAACAUCAGAUCUUUCAAAUAUUAUAUAUAUAUGUAUAUAUAUAUAUAAUGUGUGUGUAUUCUAUAGGAUCAGCAGGCCAUCAGGUGCUUAUAAAGUCAACUGAACAUACUACUAACAUUUGUUUAUAUUUACAAUCAGUCCUUUACUAUGCUAACCAGAGUUGUGAAUCUUUUGUUAAUUAUAUUUUAAAAUUAUUAUUUUUUACGUUUCUUAAAAGAUUGUUCCCCUUUUUGUAAAAAGUGCACAUGCCCCGAUUUGUUAACCUUAUAUGAUUCAGUGAAAACUUUUUAUAGUUUUUGGAAAGAUGGUGAGAAAACGUGAAUAUUCAAAAGCUGAAAAGAUAUUGUUUCAUCUUUAACUUGAUUAAAAGCCCCCAGGUGCAUCCUGAUGUGGUGGCCUUCUAUUCACCCAAGACUUGAAUUAGUCCCUCAAUUCUUUGUUGAAAUGUGCAAUACUGUUUGUACUGUUUGUAAAAAAAAAAAAAAAGAGAGAAAGGCAUAAAUCUUUAUUGCAGAUUUAUUUUCAUUGCAAGCAUUGUGAUUCACUAAGAUCAUUUUCUACUGUGUAUUUACUCAUGCUAGUACCUUCCAGUAGUAAUGUAGCCUUUGUACUGAGAAAUUUUUUUCAUUAUUUUUUAGAGAUUUUUGCAAAAUAAAAUUUAAAAAAAAAGAAAGAAAAGAAUUAAAACAUUUACACAUUUUCCAUUAUUUUCUUAUGUUUUCAUUAUGGACUUAUUCCUCAACCGUUAAUGUUAGCUAUUUCUUGGGGUGAGAAUUUCAUAUCUGGUCAAUGUCGUUAAUAUUAUUUUGUAUUUUUACGGCGCUAAUUCUUAAUCUAUUUUUGUUCAUUGUUUGAUAUGCAAAGCUUGUUAACUUUGAUGUUGCGUACUUUGGUGAAAAAAAAAAGAAAAAAAAUCACAAAAAUGAACACAAUCAUGGUUGGUAAUAUAUGAUUAAAAUGUAUUGAAUAAAUGGGCAAUACAAAAUAAUGGCAGAAUGGAGCAAAUUUGAGGUUGUGGUGAAACCCCAUCAAGAUGGAUGAAUUAAUGUUGCUGAAAACCCACUUCCUGCUGGAAAAACUUGUGGCUGAAGGGGAUGUCACAUGACCAUUUCUGAAGCUCUUCAGCUCCACAUCCAUUCACUUUCAGCAGACACAGUAUUAAGUAGAGUGGCCUGAAUUAUAUCAUAAUGUUUUGGUAUGAAUGUAGUGGCCCAGCUUGCAUUUACAGCACUGACCAUUUCACCCAUUUAAUUGUGAAAAACAUCAAAAGGCUCACUUUUUAUAUAAUGCAUGUUAAAUAUUGGAGAUUUAAUUCAGUCACAGUACUGUGACAGCCUCCUUUGUAAGCUAUCAAAAUAUAAACCAGAGGAUGUGGUGUAAUGGUCUUUAAACCAUUUCAUUUCACUAAUACCAUUUUUUCUUCUAAGUUUAGAUUUUGCUAAAGUAUAUUGCAAUUAUCUCAUACCCCUUAAUAAAUCUUGUGACUCCUACAUUUAUACACCAAGAUCAUUCAAGACUAAAAUGUUGUUUAAAAAAAACAAAAAAAAAACACCUUUAAUAGAUCAUUUUUGUCUUGUGGCAUCUCUAGUUUACCACACUAUUAGCUACAUUUGUCUUUACUUACAAAAAAAAUAUUUAUAUUGAAAAAUGUAUAAGGUUAUUGAUCGGGAACCUCACUACUUUUCCCCCAGUGUAACUUUUGAUGUCACACUUUACUUCUGGAGCCUUCUUUACAAGGCUUUGAGAUUGUAAGAAUUCUUUGAAAAGAGUGCUGCUGAUGCUUACUGCUUAAGUUUCGACCUUUAUGAUUUUUCCUUUUCUGUACUGAAAAACGAAUCUUAUUAAAUGUAGCUAUAUGAAA